ACGCGCACCGUGCACGCGCUCUCGGCACCUGCUUUUCUGGAGAAGGGUGUCAUUAUUUGGCAGGGAGCGGCACCGGAGGCACGAGCAGAGCGUUUCCUCCCUCAGAACCUCAACGAGAAACGGCGUGGAUUCGGUUUUUCCAGAGCAGCAGCACCGCAGCCCGCAGGAGGAGGAUUUUAUUCAGAGUUUCCGGCGCUCGGACAUCGGCGUGCUGCUAUUCCGAGGAGGAGUGUUUUAUUCUGUCUUCUUUAUUUCUUUCUCUCCUCUCCUAUUUCUGAAGGAAUAACCGCGCGCGCGCUCAUCUCAUCUCGGAAGCAAUCAUGACGAGCGCUACGUCCCCCAUCCUGCUGAAAUGGGACCCUAAGAGUCUGGAGAUCCGCACCCUGACUGUGGAGAGGCUGCUGGAGCCGCUGGUCACGCAGGUGACCACUUUGGUGAACACCAGUAACAAAGGACCAUCCAGUAAGAAGAAGGGUCGCUCUAAGAAGGCACACGUCCUGGCCAUGUCUGUCGAGCAGGCCACGCAGAACUUCCUGGAGAAGGGUGAGCAGAUCGCAAAGGACAGCCAGGACCUGAAAGAGGAGCUCAUCACUGCUGUGGAGGAAGUCCGUAAGCAAGGUGAGAGUAUGCGUGUGGCCUCCUCAGAGUUUGCAGAUGAUCCGUGUUCUUCGGUGAAGAGAGGAACGAUGGUUCGAGCUGCUCGCGCUCUCCUCUCCGCCGUCACUCGCCUCCUCAUCCUCGCGGACAUGGCCGACGUCAUGAGACUCCUCGCUCACCUCAAAAUCGUGGAGGACGCUCUCGAGGCGGUGAAGAACGCCACCAAUGAGCAGGACCUCGCUAACCGGUUUAAGGAGUUUGGGAAAGAGAUGGUGAAGCUGAACUACGUCGCCGCUCGCAGACAGCAGGAGCUGAAGGAUCCUCAGUGUCGGGACGAGAUGGCGGCGGCUCGCGGGGCUCUGAAGAAAAACGCCACCAUGCUGUACACGGCGUCUCAGGCCUUCCUGCGGCACCCGGACGUAGCGGCCACUCGCGCUAACCGCGACUACGUCUUCAAACAGGUCCAGGAGGCCAUCGGGGGAAUCUCCAGCGCCGCCCAGGCCACGUCCCCCACCGAGGAGAAGCACGGCCACGCCGGCAUCGGAGAGCUCGCCGCCGCCCUCAACGAAUUCGACAAUAAAAUCAUCCUGGACCCGCUGACGUUCAGCGAGGCUCGUUUCCGACCUUCUCUGGAGGAGCGUCUGGAGAGCAUCAUCAGCGGCGCCGCCCUCAUGGCCGACUCGUCGUGCACGCGCGACGACCGCCGCGAGCGCAUCGUGGCCGAGUGCAACGCCGUCCGUCAGGCGCUACAAGACCUGCUGAGCGAGUACAUGAACAACACGGGAAGGAAAGAGAGAGGUGACCCACUGAACUCUGCCAUUGAUAAGAUGACUAAGAAGACCCGAGACCUGCGCCGACAGCUGAGGAAAGCAGUGAUGGACCAUAUCUCUGAUUCCUUCCUGGAGACUAAUGUACCUCUACUGGUCCUCAUUGAAGCAGCCAAGAGUGGCAAUGAAAAGGAGGUGAAGGAGUACGCCCAGGUCUUCCGCGAGCACGCCAACAAACUGGUUGAGGUGGCUAACCUGGCUUGUUCCAUCUCCAACAAUGAGGAAGGGGUGAAGCUGGUGCGCAUGGCCGCUACACAGAUUGACAGCCUGUGUCCUCAGGUGAUCAACGCUGCCCUGACGCUGGCGGCUCGUCCCCAGAGCAAGGUGGCUCAGGACAACAUGGAUGUGUUUAAAGACCAAUGGGAGAAGCAGGUGCGCAUUCUGACCGAGGCUGUGGAUGACAUCACCUCUGUCGAUGACUUCCUGUCUGUGUCAGAGAACCACAUCCUGGAGGAUGUGAACAAGUGUGUGAUAGCUCUCCAGGAGGGGGAUGUGGACACGCUGGACAGGACAGCGGGGGCGAUCAGAGGUCGCGCAGCUCGUGUGGUCCAUAUCAUCAACGCCGAGAUGGAGAACUACGAGCCGGGCGUGUACACUGAGCGAGUCCUGGAGUCCAUCAAGCUGCUGUCUGAAACCGUGAUGCCCCGCUUCGCCGAGCAAGUGGAGGUCGCCAUUGAAGCUCUGAGCACCAGCCCGCCUCAGCCCUUCGAGGAGAAUGAGUUCAUUGAUGCUUCACGUCUGGUCUACGACGGUGUGCGUGACAUCAGAAAAGCCGUCCUCAUGAUACGGACCCCUGAAGAGCUGGAGGAUGAUUCUGACUUUGAGCAGGAAGACUAUGACACACGUAGCCGUACCAGCGUCCAGACCGAAGACGACCAGCUCAUUGCCGGCCAGAGUGCAAGGGCCAUCAUGGCCCAGCUCCCACAGGAGGAAAAGGCGAAGAUCGCUGAGCAGGUGGAAAGCUUCCGGCAGGAGAAGAGCAAGCUAGACGCCGAGGUGGCCAAGUGGGACGACAACGGCAAUGAUAUCAUCGUGCUGGCCAAGCAGAUGUGCAUGAUAAUGAUGGAGAUGACAGAUUUCACCAGGGGAAAAGGCCCACUGAAGAACUCAUCUGAUGUGAUCAAUGCUGCCAAGAAGAUCGCAGAGGCCGGAUCCAGAAUGGACAAACUGGCCCGGGCUGUGGCCGACCAGUGUCCUGAUUCAGCUUGCAAGCAGGACCUGCUGGCUUACCUGCAGAGAAUUGCCCUCUACUGCCACCAGCUCAACAUCUGCAGCAAAGUGAAAGCCGAAGUCCAGAACCUCGGAGGAGAGCUCAUCGUCUCAGGGCUGGACAGUGCUACAUCCCUCAUCCAGGCGGCCAAAAAUCUGAUGAAUGCCGUGGUCCUGACUGUCAAGGCCUCAUAUGUGGCUUCUACCAAGUACCAAAAGGUGUAUGGAACAGCAGCAGUCAAUUCUCCCGUAGUGUCAUGGCGCAUGAAGGUUCCGGAGAAGAAGCCACUUGUGAAGAGGGAGAAGCCUGAGGAGUGUCAGACCCGUGUGCGCCGAGGCUCGCAGAAGAAACACAUCUCACCUGUCCAAGCCCUCAGCGAGUUCAAGGCCAUGGACUCUUUUUAAUUCUACAGGUGACAAGUGAAAAGUUCCAAGGAUCCAACCCUUCAAACUCUUCAAAUUCCUCCUGACUUUUCCCUCUAUCUCUAUUCUUUCUUGCCCGUCUCCUGUUUGCAGCGUCCUAUAUCCCGUUCCACAUAGAGGCAAAGGUGUUGCUGUGGAUACACUCAAUUUUCUUUCUGGACAACAAAGUGCAUUGCACCACAAAUCCGAGACAUGUGGAGGAGAGGGGCAUGUGUUUACUCUUGGAGCUUCAGUGCCAUUCCUGUGGUGUUUCUUAGUUACCAGUGUUUACUACUGACUAGCCUGACUAGCCAUAUUUACACAGAUACUUCUGCUGACAUCCCUGCAUGGCCACAACUUAAAUAAGGCAUAAGAAUGAGAUAAUUAAGUCAAGGGAACAAGAUAAAUAAGUCAUGGUCAUGACUUGGUAACAAGAGAAAAUGAGAUAGUUACAUCAUGGUAACAACUGCAUAACUCAAGGGAAUAAGAUAAUUAUGUUGUUGCCUUGUUCUCUCAAGUCGUGGUCAUGACUUACUAAUCUCAUUCCCUCUUGUUAUGGCCAUGGCUUACUUAUCUCGUUCUCUCAAGUUACAAAAUAACGGCCAUGACUUAAUUAUCUUGUUCUCUCGAGUUAAGAUGUUGUGGCCUUGACCUAAUUAUCUCAUUCUAUCAAGUUCCAAAUCCAUUGUAUUGGCUUUAUUAUCUCCUCCUUUCAUGUUACAAAGUCAUAGCUAUGACUGAAUUAUCUCACUCUCACAAGUUACGUUGUCAUGGUCACAACUUAAUUAUCUCAUUCCCUUGAGGUACCAAGUCAUGGCCAUGACUUAAUUUUCUUAUUCUCUAAAGUUCCAUAGUUGUGGUCACACCUUAAUAAUCUCGUUACCUCAUGUUACAAAUUCAUGGCCAUGACUUUAAGUCAUUCUUUCAAGUAAGAAAGUUGUGGUCAUGACUUAAUUAUCUCAUUUCUUCAUGUUACAAAUUCAUGGCUAUGACUUAUUUAUCUUGUUCUCUUGAGUUAUGAAUUUAUGGCAUCAACUUAGUUAUCUCGUUCUGUCAAGUUCUUAAUUCUUAAUUCUUUCAUUCCCUUGCGUUAUGAAGUUGUGGCCAUGACUUAAUUAUCUUGUUCUCUCAAUUUUUUUUAAAUAGGGAUGUCACAGGAAAGAAAAUAAUAUAUGGUGCCGUAGUCGACAGCUCUAACUUUUGAAGCAUCCUGAAGCUCCUAACUUUGACUGAACUUUUGAAACUCAGUAUGGCUUGUAGUGUUAGAAAUAAGUUUAAAAAAAAUUAUUUGUCCCCAUGAUCAAUGAUCCACAUAUUCCACAUGGUGACAUGACGUACAAGGUUUUGCCAUUUUAUUUAAUUAUUAUUGCAUCACUAACUAUUACAGCCUGGUUGGCCAUGGUGUUGAAAAUGAUACUAGAAAUGGACCCAGUUGACUAGUUGUGUGGUUUGCGCAGAGAAUAAGUAGAAUCCUGCAUAUCUUUAUAGUCACAGUUCUCUAAUAAACCUUGCAACUGUG